AUGGCUCAUUCUAAGCAUAUAGACAAAGUUCUUGAUAGGUAUAGUGAUGAAACUAUAGCAAAUAACCGUUUAAGGUUGAAGAUAUCCAUUGAUGCUAUUCGAUGGCUUGCAUUUCAAGCAUGUGCAUUUAGAGGCGACGAUGAAAGUCCUGGAUCUUUGAAUAGGGGAAAUUUUAUUGAGUUAAUUAAGCUUUUAACUUUAUGCAAUCAGAAUGUUAAUAAUGUUGUCCUUGAAAAUGCUCCUGGAAAUGCUCAAUAUAUAUCUCCUUGUCCAAAGAAGUUUGCUAUGUUCAUCAAUUCUUUUCAACUUACACUAAUUGUGAAUGUUGUGACUGUUUCUCCUAAACGUCAUGAUCUGUUAAGGGUUGCUCAAGCAAAUAAUGUUGCAAACUUAAACGCCGAUGAUCAACUUGUGACAGGUAGUGGACUUAAUCAAAUUGGUACUUUGCAAAGAGCUGGAGAUACUAGAUGGGGGUCUCAUUUGAAUUCUGUACGUAGCUUGCUAUGCAUGUUUGAUGCUACUUGUGAAGUUCUUAAAAAAAGCACUGAAGAAGGUAAUUUCUCCACUCGUGGUGAUGCUAGUGCUGCUUAUGAUGCUAUCACAUCCUUUGAAUUUGUCUUUGUUUUGCAUUUGAUGAGAAAUAUUUUGGAAAAGAGGCGAACUUGCAAAAUUGUCGACCAAAUUUCAGUGGAGAAUCAUUACCGUGUUAAUUUAUUUCUGGCUGUAAUUGAUACACAGUUGCAAGAGCUUAAUGGAAGAUUCAAUGAUCAUAUGGUGGAAUUGCUUACUUUAAGUUCAACUUUAGAUCCCAGAGAUAAUUAUAAGUUCUUCAGUGUCAACAAAGUAUGUGAAUUAGUAGAACGAUUUUAUCCAGGUGACUUCAGUGACCAAGAGAAAUUUCACAUUAGAAUGCAAGCUCAACAUUAUGAACUUGACAUUCCUAAUCAUGUUGAGUUAACUAACUUGUGCACAAUUUCGGAGUUAUGUCAAGGAUUAACGAAGACAGGAAAGUCUUUAACAUAUCCUUUGAUUGAUCAUUUGAUUUGCUUGGUAUUAACUCUCCCUGUUUCAACUGCUACAACUGAGAGAUCUUUUUCAGCUAUGAAUAUUGUGAAGAAUAGACUCAAAAAUAAAAUGGAAGAUGAAUUUCUUGCUAAUUGUCUUUUGAUUUACAUUGAGAAGAAGAUUACUGAAAGAUUUGACACCGAUUCUAUUAUCGAUGAAUUUUAUGAUAUGAAGAAUCGACGUGUACCACUUCGUUAG